UUCUAUAUUAAAGAGCCAUUGGGAGAGCUGAACAUAUUCUCUCUGUGUCUAUUAUUGAUUGCACCAUUGUUUUACUCUUAUAUGCAUGCUGCCAGGCGUAUAUGGACCUUCAGUCAUUCAGUCUUGUUCCAGCGACAAUAAUACACUCAUACUUUAUAUGUCCGCUCGGUUACUACAUAACUUGAUGAUUCGAACUACAUAGCGCAACAUUUCACACAGAUAUUUAUAAGGAUUUUUUGUAUUUUUAUACUAAAUUUUACAAAACAAAGACAGUUUAGAGGACACAACGCAAUAACUUCAGCUGCCAAAAAGCAUAAUUUUUAUACGAUUUUUGAUUGGAGAAUUUUGAAGAUAUUUUUAUUGAGACGUUUUAGUGUUAAAUGGCCGCGACAAUGUUACAACAGUAUGGAGGAAACAUUGUCUACCUACCCGUCACAUCACCCCCAAUAAUUCCUCAGAUCACACCACAGAUCACAAAGGAAAUGAAAGUAAAUUGGGCCACAUCACCCGGAAAUGCACCAAAACAAGAUACAAGUAAACAUUUUCACAUAUUCGUUGGUGACUUGAGCCCAGACAUAGAAACACAUCUGCUUAGGGAAGCUUUUACACCAUACGGCGUGAUCUCAGACUGUAAAAUAAUUCGUGAUCCACAGACACUCAAGUCAAAAGGCUACGGUUUUGUCUCAUUUGUGAAAAAAGAGGAAGCAGAAAAUGCAAUACAGGGCAUGAGUGGUGCAUGGAUCGGAACCAGACCUAUUCGCACAAAUUGGGCCACCCGGAAACCCCCUGCACCCACCACUAAAGAAAAUACAAUCAAAGCCCUAGAUUAUCAAGAAGUAUAUGAGCAGACCAGUGAAAGCAACCAUACAGUGUAUGUAGGUGGCCUAGGAGCCGGCCUCUCAGAGGAAUUAAUUCAAAAAACAUUUGGAGUAUAUGGAAAUAUACAAGAGAUUCGAGUAUUCAAAGACAAGGGUUAUGCAUUUGUUAGGUUUUCCAAUAAAGAAUCAGCGUGCAAUGCUAUAGUAACAGUACAUGGUACAGAGAUCAAGGGCCAAGCGGUGAAAUGCUCAUGGGGGAAAGAGUCUAAUGAAAGUAAUGCACCAGGAGGUGGCGAGAACCAAUUCCAACAAGCCCAGGGUCAAGCUUCAUACUCAAGCGGGCCUGGCUUUGGUAAUUACCAAAUGAGUGGUCAGAUGGGAUAUCCAUCAUGGUACCAGCAACAAGGGGGCUACCAACAGGGAGGCUAUGGAACUCAAAUGGGAGCCGCACAAAUGGGAGCGGCUGCAGGGCAGUAUGGCCAAUAUGGCUAUCCUUACAAUAUGGCUGGUAUGCAAGGGGCAGGUCCCAACUAUGGGGGGCAGAUGGCUAUGCAGCAACAACAGGCACCACAACAGUAUAAUGGUCAGCAGCAGCAGCAAGGAAUGAUGGGAUACCCAGUGCAGCAAGGUCUGUAUUCAGUACUCAUACCCAUAUAGAUGAUUACCAAUAACAGAGGGGCAUCUAGGAGAUUCAUCAGAUAUAGCCAUUCACACAGUAAACAUCAUGGCAGACAGGGACUGACCUAUAAUGUUAUGGAAAUUUCCACUGAGAAUGAAUGGAAAAUUCCACUGGUUCAGAUGGAAUUUUCCACUGCAGUUUUAUCACUCCUAGCAUGCAGAGCACUGGAAACUUCCAUGGCUAGCCAGCAAGGCAGACUAUCUAUUUAAGAAAGGCUGUGGAAAGUCUUUAGAGCAAGAUAUAAAUUUGUAAAAUAGUCUUGACUGUACAAUGAAGAUUAUAAUAAGCUAUUUUGCCACCGGGCUGGUGAAAAAA